AUGACAGGUCUCCUAAAGAUUCCUUCAAAAUAUUUGAGAGAAAAAAUAGCAUCGCUCAACCCAAAAUUUUCAAUUAAACCUUCAAUCCUCAAAAUUUUCAAUAAACCGAAGGCGACUGGGUCGUUAGAGUCAAUCCGAAUCCCGCCUGAAGUUGCACAGUUUACAUUAAAGAAUGCAUAUAUACCGCUCUCUCGAAGGACGCUAUUCCGAGAACUAUUGCAGGAUAAUAGCGUAGUAUUACAGUCCGAGAGGAAAAGUCUUGAAAAACUAGCAGUUUUUCUAGAUAAGAAGCUAGAAAGUCAGUUUCAGAUUCUUCAGAGUGAAUUUUCGCUUCUAUCCCAACCUGUUGAUACGAUUAGUUAUGCUGAAAAAAACAGUUUAUCUUCUCUCAACGACAAGGGUAAUAAUUCUAAUGAACUUGAUCGAGAAUUCUGGUUUCUCCGACGUUUAUCAAAUAUCGCUCCCGUAGCUGGUUUCAUUGAGGUAUCUCAAGAUCAAUUACAACAUGCCUGUACUUCGAUUAAAUCUAAAAAUCAUGGUUUAGUUGCGUAUGUAGACCCUGAUGAUUACGAUGUACUUCGUUUCUGGAUUCGUGGAUUUCAUCCGAAUUUCAAUGCCGGUGCUGCUUGUUCUACUAUUUUCACCUCGAAACAAUCUACUUCAAGCGAUAAUGAGAGCGUAAGCACGUUCAGUAAACUAUCUGUACGUGUUUCUCAUUUGGUAGGUAUACUGAUCAAAUCAAUAAAGCGUAGUUAUUCCCCAAAUAUAUACGGUUAUGAAUCCGUCGAUUCAGUGAUUGGUAAAUCGGAUGGAUUUUAUUUUGGUCGAGUAUUAAUGUGUGUACGAAGGAAAAACAGUGAUAACUUGGAUUUCAAACUUUUUGAGAAUGUACCCGUUACAGGUGUUGUACGCAACUCAAAUUUUGCCGACAAUUUACUCUACCUCUUGCCUAAUUUACGUACCGUUCCACUGAGUCAAAGUGCACGUUUCGUGAUUCUAAUGAGUACAGCUACUGCAGCAGGUUGUUUAGGCGUGAUUACUCCAAUUGCCUGGCUAUUUGACUCUAAUUACGACCUAGUAUUGGCUUGGUCUAUAGCUGCUAGUGCCAGUGCUGCAUCUAUCCUGUGCUUAGUAUGGGCUCGUUAUUGGCGUGCUCAAACUAAUCUGGCUAACAAUCUUAGGUAUAUGCAGUAUCUUUGUUGCCAAGCUUCUGGUUUACUAUCGAUUAAUAUUUUACUGAAAUUGGCAAAAGAACAAGAAUUUAAAGCAGCUCUACUCACUUAUGCCUUACUGCUUAGACCUACUGAGAGUAAUACUUCUUUGAGCCCUAUGCAAUUAGGCUUACGUGCUGAAUCUUGGAUUGCUAAACGUCUUUCACCUCAGCUUCACGUCUCAUUGCCAUCGUCAAUCGGUGCACCAAUCGAAAAUCACCCUCCAGAUUCACGUUUCAGUGGUGGCUCUGGACCUCUUUUUGAUCUAUCAUUUGAUGCAGAAAGAUCUCUUAUAAUACUCCGACGUUUAGACCUUGUACGCGGUUCUGAAUCGUCACCAAGUGCCGUACAUCCAGCAACAGCUUCUUUAGAAGUUCCAAACGACACUUCCAGUUCUGUUGGACUAGACCGUCUAUGGGUGAUUGAUCCAAUAAGUAUGGAGUCGGACUUAGGCUUCAAAAAACCACAUUAG